GGGCGCGGGGCGGCUAGUCCGGAGCCGCCGGCGGAGGGGAAGCGCGAAGAGACCGACUCUUCCCUGCUCGCCAGCCCCCGCCUCUCCCCGUAGCCGGCCGGACCUGCACCCGGCGCUUGCCCCCGCUCAUCCUCCCCCCGCCCGGCCAGGCGCGCUCCUCCCCGGCCGGCCCCUCGGCGCGCGGCGCGCUGGAGGCGAAAGCGGGCUGAGCCGAGCGCAGUGGCCGCCGACCACCGAGCGCCCCGCGCCGCUCCCUGCAUGUGCGGCCCGCGGCGGCUCGCAGCCCCCGGCAGCAGCCUCGGCAGCUUCGGCCGCGCCUCGAGAGGUGGCUGCAGCGGCUCCAGCGGCGGCCGAGCGGCCGAGCCCGGGCUGGGAGACACGAUGCGCCGCGUCCUCCGGCUGCUCCUCGGCUGCUUCCUCACCGAGCUGUGCGCCCGCGUGUGCCGGGCGCAGGAGCGAGCGGGGCACGGGCAGCUGGCGCAGCUGGGCGGCGUGGUAGUGCUGGCGGGGGGCAACCGCUCCGGGGCCGCCUCCGGAGAGGCCGGCGAGGGCGCGGGGGUCUCGGACGCUCCGCCGACCCGGGCGCCCACGCCGGACUUCUGCAGGGGCUACUUCGAUGUCAUGGGCCAGUGGGACCCGCCGUUCAACUGCAGCUCGGGCGACUUCAUCUUCUGCUGCGGGACUUGUGGCUUCCGGUUCUGCUGCACGUUUAAGAAGCGGCGACUGAACCAGAGCACCUGCACCAACUACGACACUCCUCUGUGGCUCAACACCGGCAAGCCCCCCGCGCGCAAGGACGACCCCCUGCACGACCCCACCAAGGACAAGACCAACCUGAUCGUUUACAUCAUCUGCGGGGUGGUGGCCGUCAUGGUGCUUGUAGGCAUCUUCACCAAGCUGGGGCUGGAGAAAGCGCACCGACCCCAAAGGGAACACAUGUCCAGGGCCCUUGCAGAUGUCAUGAGCCCACAGGGCCACUGCAACACUGACCACAUGGAGAGGGACCUCAACAUUGUGGUUCAUGUCCAGCAUUAUGAAAACAUGGAUACCAGAACCCCCAUAAAUAAUCUUCACACGACCCAGAUGAACAACGCAGUGCCCACCUCCCCUUUGCUCCAGCAGAUGGGCCAUCCACAUUCGUACCCUAGCCUGGGCCAGAUCUCCAACCCCUACGAACAGCAGCUGCCGGGCAAAGAGCUCAACAAGUACGCCUCCUUGAAGGCAGUCGCCGACAAGGUCAAUGAUGACUUCUCCUCCAAGCGACGGCACCUGGCCGAGCUGGCGGCCAAGGGGAACCUCCCUUUGCACCCGGUAAGAGUAGAGGAUGAGCCGCGGGCCUUCAGCCCCGAGCAUGGCCCUGCCAAGCAGAAUGGACAGAAGUCCCGCACCAACAAGAUGCCCCCACAUCCCCUGGCCUACAACUCCACCACCAACUUCAAGGGCUGGGACCCCAACGAGCAUUCCCUCCGGCGGCAGGCUUACGGUAACAAGGGCAAGCUUGGCGCAGCUGAGUCGGGCUCCAGCGACCCCUUGGGGACUCGCACCCAGCACUACCCACCCCCACAGCCAUACUUCAUCACCAACAGCAAAACAGAAGUGACUGUCUGAGCUUUCACUACAGGGAGCAUCCUGGAGACCAUACUCAACUGAGAGAGGCAAAAAAUAUCCCUGGCCCACACCCUCCCUGUCCUCCCCGACCUGCUCCCCCACACCCUGACUCCCCUUACCAACCGACGAGAAACCUGCUGGUGACGCGGAACUACGCUUUUCUUGGGUCAUGCCUAACACGUGUCAGCGAGCAGCUGAGCAAGACGGAAGCAGGGACGUUCAGCAAUACAGCAAAGGGGAAACUGAGGCACGGCUCUUUCAACUUCAGGCCCAAGGUGGCCAACUCACACGCCCACACCAUGGGGCUGAUUUUUUCUUUUCCUCCUGACUUAAAACUGAAAUCCAUGACGAAAAAUUAAAAGUAGCACAACUUAGAGAAAUCGUCCACUUGAGCACAUUUGCCAUUUACCAUGUGCUGUCUGUUUCGGGGUGAAAGAGCCAGGUUGGGGCCGGGGGAGCCUGAGAGUGGACACGAGAGAAGAGUGUACGUAAGAAGAGGAGUCAUUUGGGUAGGAAGCUGUGUGCAUUGUAAGUGUUUUCUAAUCCCAAGAAGUAGUGACGUGGACACACAAUUUUGACAAGCGUGAGACAGUAGUUGGACCCCAACCAUUCUAUUUAUAGUACUUUUCAUAUCGUCAAUGUUGGAAGCAAAAAAAAAAAAAAAAACAACACACACUCAAACUCACAAAAAAUAAAUAGACCCUGAACCCACCAGCAGUGAUGAGAAAGAAAGAGCAUUUUAGAGAAGUCCCGUAAAGACCAUGAUCAUGGACAUGGGAAAGGAUAAGUAGGCUUUUACGGCAGGGAGAGAGGGUCCAGAGAGUGUUAAAUAACUUUUUUUCUUUAAAAAAAAAAAGAUAAAUGAUCACAAGCCCACUACAAAACAGACAAAAACAGCAAAUCCAUUUUUGUCCAGAAUCCUCAAGACUUAGGAAAUGAACAAUGACAUCAGAACAAAAGAAAAAAUAUUCACAGUUGAAAAGUCGACAAGAGAUGAGAAGGGGACCCCGCAUUUCCCGCCUUGCCUCCGAGACAAGAAACAGACACAGAAACCAGUCCUCUAUUACCCGUCUCUCCCUGACCCCCCUCAGCCCGUUGCCGCCGCCGCUGCCAAAUUUCAACUGCUUUGGACUGAAAAUGUCAUAAGCGUGGGUGGUGCCUUCAAUGUGUUACUGUUUAAUGACAGUCUUGUUUCCCAAGUGCAACGUGUGUUCUCUUGGUCACCCUCCGUCCUGUUUCCUGAAGUCAGAGAUGUUCCUCUCCUCCCCCUUUGUUGGUGAGCCCGCCCAUCACACAUUCUGAGGGGGCUGCUACAAUGUCAGGGGUACCUAAAGACGAAGACCUCCCUACUUCCCACCCUGUCACUCCCAGUCCUACUGUUAUCUGGCUCCCCGAGACCUCUGGGUCUCGUAAUUCCCACGACCCUCCAAGCCACCUCCCCAGAUACUUCGACGGAUUCAUCUCCCACCCAGAAUUCCCAAUCUGAACCAAUUCAGAGUGGUUCUCACAGCCAGUGGCCCUUGGGCAUCCCGAUGAAGACUGUUUCCCUGCUCCUCCUAUUUAUUUCGUGGAAGCCCAAAGAGGAGAGUGCAGAGAGAAGAGAUUUUGAUUUUAGGUGAGAGGCUUUCAACCAGUCCCUAACCGCCUUCGCCAAUGCACGGGAAUCUCUGAGAGACCCAGUGUUCUUCUGGUGUCAGAAGCUGCACGUGGUGGUCCAAGAAGAUCCAGAGCAUUCCCUGGGAUGCCCAAGGGCAGCGUUCUGCCUCAGCUGUCUCUCACCUCCAACAUCAUGGAAGCCGGGAAAUCAGGGGCUUAUUCUCCUUUUCAUUCCUGGCCCCUCUGGGGAACAUUGACAAUGCCUGUUAUCUCUCUGGGCCUUAGUCUCCCAUCUGAAACGAAGGGAAUUGGGGCUAGAUCGAGCAACACCUCCGCCCAUUUUUAAAAAUGCCCCUGUGCACAGAAGGCACCAAUAGAAGAUCCUCGUUUAUAAGGUGGCUCUGCGCUGGACAAAGCAGGGUUGGUGGGGGGCCAGGGCGGAGAUAGAGUGCCCAUUUUCUCAGCCUCUUUGCUGGGAUCCCAGCACUCCCCGGAGUGGGGUAAACACCGCCCAGCUCGGUCAAUGUUUCCGUGAUGUUAAAUUAUCCCUGUACUGCAACCUGCUUUUGGCAUCUCCGUGUAUCACCAUCAAAAUAUUCGUAGCUAAAUCAAUUCACUCUUAAUACUUUGAACUUUUAGAAGGAAAACUUCUUUUCGUCAUUACAAAUAGAAAAGCAGUAUCAAUCAGUCACCCUAAAUAGAAAGUAAGUGUAAAGAUAAGGAUGAAGGCAGCAAAGCAGCAAUUGUUCUAGCUAGAUACUGUUGCUUGUGGAAGGGUCUGAACUUAGAGCCCUGCAUUUGCUAGAUUGCACUUGCUCUCUCUCUCUCUCUCUUCCCCGCUUCCCUUCUGUCAUUCCCCUCUCUCCCUUUUCCUUUAUUAAAAUGAUUGGCAGAUGCUAAAGAGCUGUUAAAGAUAUACCAGCACCCAGUGGAGACUUUGCACUCCAAGGGACUCCAUCGGACGGACAAAAUGAAAAGGAACCCACUCCCCUCUGUGACUCGGUGUUAACCAGUGCUAUAUCCACGUGCUACUACAAAUCAUUUUGCAUUUGCUAGUGAUGCACAGCGCCUAUUUCAGGAAAUACUGGGUCUGCUUCUCCGUGAGGUUCCCUUCAGCUCCAAAGGUCUGUGAGUCUUGUUUCCCUUUUAGCUCAUCUUGCCCCUUGUCCUCAGUUUACUUCAUCUGACCUUUUAUCCCAACGCUGAUGAAGGAGCUUUCUUGAUCUCUGAAUCUACAGAAUUUUUUCCCCCUCCGUGUUCCUUCUCUUCUGAGUAAACUUCAUCCAGUGAGUUUCGUUAGUUGGGGCGGCGGGGGACAGUUUGGGCAGGAAGGUUGCGGCGUGGUCAGUAUGAUGAGGCAGGAUGAUGGCCUAGAACAUUCCUUUUCUGUCUCAUUAUCUUCUAGUUGGCUUUGCAAACUGGGACCAGGGUGGUAGGGGUUGGAUAGGGAGGGUGGUUGGAAUACUGAUGGAUCUGUGGCUGCCACGUAUCGACAAGAAUCUUGUGGCUACAGUGAGGAGCUUAGAAGAGAGAAACCCGAACAAAGUAGAGAGGAAGUUCCUCCCCCUCCCGGGCCCUGGCACUAGCCUCUACUUCUUGCCUUUAGCUAUCCCCGACUUCCAACCCAAUGGGACCAGAGUCUGACUUCCCUUCACCCUCCCAGAGCAUCUCAGCCUCCAUCCGCCUUGGGCUCUGCCUGGCACCCCAUCUCACUCCUCCCACCUCCCCAGUUUUCCGUGUAAAUGGAGCAUAUUUUAUGUGCGAAUAUUUUAGUAACCGUAUGUUCUGCAAGUAAACCUGUGUUAAUACUUGUCAACAAUUGCAGAGUUUAUGAUACCAAUAAUACUUCCUACAAUGAAGAAAAAAAAGACGUUUGUUUUCUAAAAAUGUUUAUUUG